UCAGUGACCAUGCUGAGAAAAAGAGUCUAAAUUUCUAUGACUUUGCACUUUCACAUGUCAUGUGCCAUAGAUGAUUUCUCUCUUUGGUUUGGUUUGGCUGUCGUGAAAGUCUUUAUGUCAAGAAUUGUGUGAUCAAAAUGUCUUUGGUAAUCCCAGACAAGUUUCAACACAUUCUUCGUAUCCUCGGUACUAAUAUCGAUGGAAAGAGGAAUGUUAUGUUCGCUCUCACUGCCAUCAAAGGAGUGGGUCGCAGAUACUCAAAUAUUAUCCUAAAAAAAGCCGAUGUCGACUUGACGAAAAGGGCUGGAGAAUGUACCGAUGAAGAAGUCGAAAAGAUCAUUACUAUUAUGUCUAAUCCAAGACAGUAUAAGAUACCUGACUGGUUCUUGAAUAGACAGAAGGAUAUUGUUGAUGGUAAAUACUCUCAGUUGACAUCAUCAGCUCUAGAUUCCAAACUUCGUGAAGAUUUGGAAAGAAUGAAGAAAAUCCGUGCACACAGAGGUCUUCGUCACUACUGGGGUCUCAGAGUACGUGGUCAACACACAAAAACUACUGGUAGACGUGGUAGAACAGUGGGUGUAUCUAAGAAGAAGUAAUUCGUUACUGUAUAUGUAAGAAAUAAAAUUUCUAAAAAACA